AUCCUACUCAGCUCUAUACACAGACUCCGAGGCAGAGACAGAGACAGAUACAGUGUGAGAGAGAGACUGCCAGGCAUGCAGCGACCGACCUACGCCAACAGCCCGCCUCCGCUGCACCACCCCGUCCCCCAGCACGUCUCGACGGUGCCGCAACUGCGCUCUCCUCCCCCGCCCACCUCCGCCAACAGUCAGUAUGGCUACGCCGCCGGCUCCUCCGUCAAUGCCGCGCAGUCGCCGCCGCAAGGCCAGCCAGGUGGAAGCUAUAUGCACCCGGCCUUUGGGGGCUUCAUGAACGACCACACGGCCCAGAUGGGCUUCCAGAUUGGGAAGACUGCUGUCGAUGCCGGCCAGCAAUACGUUGAGCAGAAUUUCAACCGCUAUGUCAAUGUCUCCGCCCUGAAACACUAUUUCAAUGUCUCGAACCGCUAUGUCCUCACCAAGCUCCUCAUCGUCCUCUUUCCAUGGCGCCAUCGUCCCUGGUCGCGCCAGCACGUCCGCUCCAACGAACCUGGCCAACACCCCAACUCGAUCGAGUUCCUCCCACCCCGCGAAGAUGUCAAUUCGCCCGAUAUGUACAUUCCUCUGAUGGCCUUCAUCACCUACACCCUGUUAUCUACCCUCUUAGCAGGACUGAAUGGGAAAUUUGAGCCUCAGUUGCUAGGGAUUACGUUCACAAAUGGCUUCUUUGUUCUGGCAUUGGAGUUGGUCGUCUUGUGGCUGGGAAAGUACUUCCUGAAUAUCCAGAGUGAGAGUCAGAUCUAUGACUUGGUCGCCUACAGUGGCUACAAGUUCGUGGGCAUUAUUGUCACCAUAGUAGCCGCAGCCAUUGCCAAUCAUGGCACCGGUCUGGGUGGCUAUGUUGGAGCUACAGUCUUCGUCUAUACGUUCUUUGCAAAUGCGUUCUUUUUGCUCCGAUCGCUCAAAUAUGUCCUUUUACCAUCCGAUAACUCAGCAGGUAACGCAGGCAUGCAGACGAUUGCAAAGGCGCAGAGAUCGAGGAGGACCCAAUUCCUCUUCAUUUACAGCUACGUUGUGCAAUUUGCUUUCAUGUGGUGGUUGAGUUCGCUGAAGUUCGGAGGAAAAUGAGGAGGAGACAACGUACCUGGCGAUGCGUUCAGGGGGCUUAUGGCUAUGCUGGAAAAGAAGAUAUCGACAUGGUUAGAAGCAGGGAAUUUGAUAUGGUACGAAUCGCUCUAUCUGGCGAGAUAGGUGCACAUCUGAUACCAGCCAGAUAUGGAAGUGGCCUGGUCUUCGGCUGACAACUACGAGAACAACGCGAGAAAGAGCCACGACGGAACAGACAAAGAAACGAGGCUCUAGUAAUGCAAGCGACCUGCCCGAGGCGAAGUGUCAAAACGCGAAGGCAAGCACCUGCUGGACGGGACAGCGAUUGCAUUCCAGCACACACUCGGCCUGCAGCAAUGUUUUCUAAUGUCUUUAGUGGCAAAAGGAAGUGCUAGCACCCGUUCGAAAUCUGGGGCCGGCGCAAGUCUGAAGAUAUUUCCUCUGGUCUUCCGGCGCGUCUACUCUACCUGAAGAUGGGCUCUUCGAACCUCAACCCGGAACAGAGAGCUUACGUCCUCCAUCGAUUGCGUGACCGCAUGACAUGACAGGAAGCGGAACAGCCGAUUUCAAUGGGACGACACUCGGCACAGAGCGCGAUAGAAGCUUACCACAUAGCCGUUUGUCGCCUCGAUCAUCGCUGCAGAGUACAACACAUCCGAGCCUCAGAUCAAGCAGGGCACCUCGCAAACCUUGGCUCAUCAUUGCGAGCGGACAGGACCUCUAUCUGAAGAGCGUAAAUACUCGUGCGCCGAUGGCCACGAGAGUUUCCCAAGCUCUAAGGUGCCACAAAGUCAGCUACAUAUUGACUGAUCUAGUGGGUGUCGUGUGUCCUGUCUGAGCGUUAAAGAUCGGAAGAAGAGCGCAACCAUAGCACAAGCAAGAGCAGUGACCGCCCGUGGCGAUUAAAGGACGUAUCUGUCGAUCCAGUGACCAACAUUGAAGUAAGGCCUCCGACAUCAGAUCAUCGCUGAUGGAUUGACUCGACCUUCAUCAACGGACCAUAUUCCGAAACAACCUCUUGCCUGACACAUGUGGUAUACCGUCUCAUUAGCUUACCCCAGCUGUACCAGUGUCUGGAACCACUUCACGUGAAACUUGUCCCAUGGAGCAGUACCACGGUUUGUCUUUCGCGGAGUAACUGCACGGUUCAUUCGCUGCCCACUUGUUGUUGCAUUCGUAUUUCCUUCCUGCCAACUGCUGGGGUCGUCUCUGGAACGGCUGAUUUCUGCUCAUCUGCUCAUCUGCUCCUAUGUCUUCGAUCUGGAAAGUAACAAUACAACAUGUCCCCAGAGGAUUGGCUGCUGCAUCGUUGGCAUGCGGCUUGCACGGCCAAGUUAGGACAUUGUACCAGAACUGGAAAAACGCCAUUCAUCGACCGAGAGCAGACCAUCAUCAACGGUGGCGCUGCCUCUCAAAGCCAAUUUGGCAUACAAAGUUUGUGUUGUUCUCAUCAGUAUAACGUGGCAGUCCGGCGCGAUACAGUCAGUAGGUAUAGGCCGUGAUCGUGAUGUCGCAUGCGAGAUGCUAAGAGCCCGCGUGGGGUGUAUGCGUGCGUA